AACUUUUUGCUGAUCAAGUAUGCUGUGAUUCACUAAGAAAAACAAUUUCAUUGACAUUUUCAAACGCUAACCGAAUAAUUUUAACAACAAAGAAGUAAUAGUUCACAAAAUGUCAUCAACGACAGAUCCGCAAACCCCAGCCUCCCACCUGCCGCGCCUCCUCCCAAUCGAAAUCGCGUUCCGGAAGCUUUCGUACGGAGCCUAUGAGGGUAAACGCCACCUGCACCUGCACCGAACCCACACCAAGCUCAUCCUGCGGUCCGUCAGCGGCACGUUCUGUGCCAGCGAGCUGAGCGCCAUCAUGGGCCCGUCAGGGGCGGGCAAGAGCACCCUGAUGAACGUGCUGGCCGGUUACAAGACGUCCAACGUGGUCGGGAAGAUCUACAUCAACGGGAAGAGGCGAAGGUUGGACCGGUUUCGAAGACUGUCGUGCUACAUUCUGCAGGACGAUCGACUGCUGCCGUACUUGAGCGUGCGGGAAGCGAUGAUGUACUCGGCUAGUUUGCGGUUGGGCGCGAAGGUUCCGAUCGAGCUGAAGCGAAACAUUGUGGAGGAGAUUGUGGAUACGCUGGGCUUGCUGCACGUGGCCGAUAACUUGAGCUGUGAGCUAAGUGGGGGUCAACGGAAGCGACUGUCAAUCGCGCUGGAGCUGGUCAACAAUCCGCCGGUGAUGUUUUUGGAUGAGCCGACCAGUGGGUUGGAUAGUGCGACCUGCUCGCAGUUGAUCCACCUGUUGAAGACGUUGGCUCGCGAGGGUCGGACCAUUGUCUGUACAAUUCACCAGCCGUCGGCGAGGAUAUUCGAGAUGUUUGAUCAUUUGUUUAUGCUGGCUGAGGGGCAGUGCAUCUACCGGGGGGUUGUGGAUGGGUUGGUACCGUUCCUGUCGGGGCAGGGACUGAUGUGUCCAAGCUUUCACAACCCAGCUGAUUUUGUGAUGGAAGUGGCUUGUGGAGAGCAUGGCGAUUGGAUCGACAACCUGGUGACGGCAGUUCACGAAGGCAAGUGCGAAGAGUACGAGCAACGAGAACCACUCGGGAAUGGCAUUGCUGUGCUGCAGCUAGACAGCGACGACGACCAUCCGCAGACGGACGAGUUUGUGACCAUUGAGCUACCUUCGGUCUCAUCCGGGCACGCAGUUUCCCCGAGUGAUACGAACGGGUUUGGUGACACCAGUCUGCGAGAGCAAGCCUCGACCUCCAAGCGGCUUUCGCUGGUGGAAUCCAUGGAGAGUAUCAGUCCGGUGAGGAUGAAGCACUCCAAGGGAUUUGCCACGUCCCGGUGGAGACAGUUUUGGAUUUUGUUGAAGCGCACCGUGCGCACGUCACUGCGUGACACGGCACUGACCCAGAUGCGGGUCGUUUCGCACGUGGUCGUCGGAUUGCUGAUUGGAUGCUUCUACUACGACAUCGGGCGCGACGCUUCCAAGAUUAUAGACAACGCCGGCUGUAUAUUCUUCACGCUACUCUUCACCAUGUUCACCGCGAUGAUGCCGACCAUUCUAACCUUUCCGCUGGAGUUUGGCGUGCUGGAGAAGGAACACCUUAACUACUGGUACUCGCUGGAAUCGUUCUACCUGGCCCGUACCGCGGCGGACGUUCCGUUCCAGAUAUUCUUCACCACCGUGUACGUGGCCAUCGUGUACAGCCUGUCGUCGCAACCGAUGGAGCUGAAGCGAGCCGCGCUGUUCACCAUGAUCUGCGUGCUGAACUCGCUGGUCGCGCAAAGUUUCGGCCUGCUGGUCGGAGCCGGUCUGCGCGUCCAGACGGGCGUCUUUCUCGGCCCGGUGUCGGCCAUCCCGAUCAUUCUGUUCAGCGGGUUCUUUCUCCGCUUGGACCUCAUCCCGAAGUACCUGCGGUGGUGCUCGUACGUGAGCUACCUGCGGUACGGUUUCGAGGGCGCCAUUGUUGCCCUGUACGGCUUCGACCGGGUAGCGAUGCCGUGCUCGAGAAGCUUCAGCUGCCACUAUCCCAGCCCGAAGGAGUUUCUCAAGGAGAUGUCGAUGGACAAGGCCGAGUACUGGAUCGACGCGACCGCUCUGCUGGGGUUCUUCGUGGUGAUCCGUGUCGCGGCGUACUUUGUGCUGCGCUUCAAACUACUCUCUAAUCGAUGAUUACCAUAACUCGGAGUUCGAACAAAGAAUCCUUACCGCUGCGUUUCAAUUCCAAUCGAGAACAACAAAAGGGAGAUAUCGGCCGGUCACGUUGCAAGUA